AUGUGCUCUUUGACUGCAACAUCAUAAAGCAUGGCACACAUAUUAAAGACGCUCAACAGCUGGUUCUGGUGGGAGAAUAUCUGGAUGCCUGUCAAUGUCACAUGGGCACAUUUUGUGGACCGUGAUGGACUUGUCUUUCCCAAACCACAUCAAUUAUAUGCCACAAUACCGUAUGCUUUUGUAUUGCUGAUUAUCCGAUUCUUCAGUGAAAGAUAUGUUGCUAUACCUCUAGCAAAAGCCUUAGGUAUAAAGAAUGUAAGACGUGUGAAGCCACAGCCUAAUCCUGUUUUAGAGAGUUAUUUCCGGGAGUGCUCAAAACAUCCAUCCCAAUCAGAGAUUCAAGGCCUUGCCAAAAAGUGCAACUGUACGGUCCAUUUGGUGGAAAAGUGGUUUAGGAGACGGCGAAACCUUGAGAUCCCAACAGUGCUUCGGAAAUUCCAGGAAGCUUUCUGGCGAUUUUCAUUCUAUCUUACAUCCUCCAUUGCUGGAUUUAUAUUUCUGUAUGAUAAACCUUGGUUUUACGACAUAUGGCAGACGUGGGUUGGCUAUCCAUUUCAGACUCUGCUGCCAUCCCAAUAUUGGUACUACAUGGCUGAGAUUAGUUUUUACUGGUCUCUCUUAUUUACACUUGGGAUUGACAACAAAAGGAAGGAUUUUCUGGCUCAUGUCGUUCAUCACUUGGCAGCCAUUGGGUUGAUGAGUAGCUCUUGGUGUGGCAAUUACGUGCGUCUUGGAACGCUGGUGAUGUUUGUGCACGAUACUGCAGAUUUCUGGCUGGAGGCAGCCAAAAUGUUUAAUUACGCUCACUGGGAGAAAACCUGCAAUACGCUCUUUAUCAUCUUUUCUAUCGCAUUCUUCAUCACAAGAAUCAUCCUGUUCCCCUUCUGGAUUCUUCGUGCCACAUUGUAUCAGCCUACAUACUACUCCGCGACUCCUGUCAUAGCAUAUUUUUUAUUCAAUGGUCAGCUAUUGAUCCUUCAAGGCUUGCAUUUAUAUUGGGGUUACUUAGUUUUCAAGAUUUUGAGAAGGUUCAUUUGCUUAAAGGACUUGAAAGACGACCGGAGUGAUGAAGAAGAGGAAGAUUCUGUUACAGAUAAUGAAGAGGAGUCCACAAAGAAUGGCAACAAGAACGGCUGUGGGUCAAGCAAACAUCUCCUAAACAGCAGUCACCACUAGCUCCCUCCUGCCUCACCUCCUGCAGUGAUUUCUGCUCUGUUUUUUAACCCAACCUACA